ACUACAACUCCCGCUAGCCCCGCACCGCCAAGUGACUGCUCAGCAGCAGGCCAGGGGAGUUCUGUGCUAAGUCAAGUCAUUUAAAAUAAACUCACGAACAUGUGGGAAGAGGGCGAGGAGAUCAAGCACGACAAGCCUGGACUUUUCCGCUGGAAGCGGUUCACCAAGAACCAAAAUAGAGCAAAGCAAAACCUGGAUUAUGAUGAUAUCCAAGACUGGAUGAAAAGAGUUGAAAAAGCGUCUGACUGUGCUGUUGCAGAGGUGUUUCCUUCGAAAAAGUUAAAUGCAAAUCCAAAAGUCAGUGGCUAUGUUAUGACAAUGGAGACAGUUGAUCAGCUUCAUGAUCACGAUGAUGCCUAUGCUGAAGCUCAUGAGUUACUAAAUGAAUGGAUGAAUUCUAAGCUAAGAAUGGAAUUAGAAUAUGAAGAGGAUGGUGAACUGGAUAACCAUAUGAAAAAUUCAGAGGCAAUUGCAUACUCACCAGAGAUGUUCUCCAAAAUGCCUGAAUAUGAAAAAUUUGAUGAUUUGUACAAUUAUUUGGACCAAGAGAAAGAGAGCACCGCAGCACAGGCCUUCUUGCAGCAGCUCCUAGAAAAGAAAGUGGAGGAGUCUGGUAUCCUUGAUGACCUUGGCAUAGAUGAGGAAAGCCAACAGAAAAAACGCACAGACCCAUGUUUGAGCAUGGAGGCAAGACACCAACAAGUAAAGGAAAAUCGUGUUAAAAGGCAGGCUCGGUUGGAGCAACAGAAGCAGGAGAAAUCCAUAAAGAAAUUUGCUCAUGCUAAAGCUCACCAACUGAUUCAGGAGGAAAAUAGACAAAAAGCUUUACAGGCCAAGAAAGAGGAAGAGCAAAUUAAAAAAGAGAUGGUGCUUUUACGGAAAGAAAUGAUGGACAAAAGAUGCAUCAUGGAAGAAGCAAAGCGGCUCGAACGAGAACAUCAAAAAAAAGAGAAAAAACAGAAAAUCUUGGUUCAGGAGAAAGCCAAGCAAGCACUCAUAGAAUUACAAAAGCUGCAAAACCAGGAACGUCGUGAGGUUUGGAUAAAGCAGGAAAAUGAUGCCAGAAUUAAAACUUGCCAGCUCCGGUGUUUGCAGAAACAUUUUUCAAUCUGGUAUAAACUGGUUCUGGAACGCAGGAUUAAAAUGGGGAAAGCAAGGGCCUUGUUUGAUUGGAAGAGCCAGCUCCGAAUUUUCCAGGCCUGGAGAACGUACACAUGGGAAAAGAAAUUGGAGCAAGAGGUGCAACGAACUGAGAUGGAACUACGGGAGGAAAAAAGAAAGAAACAACUUGCAAUAGAAUGUAACCGGAAACAUAGGCUCAGAUACUGCUUUACAAAUUGGCUAUUAUGGUGCAAAGCUGAGAAAGAAAAGAGAGCAUUGGAGGCGCAAAAAGAGGAGACAAAACAAAAAAUGGCAGCAUUAUUGGAUUCUGCCUCUUCUGUGAAAUUGUCAACAGUUUCCAACGGAGCUUCAAGAUUUGUAUGUGACGUGCAGCAAGUUGUUCCAGCUAAAAAUGCAGUGGUGGUGAUGAAGAAACAGGAUUCUUCUCCAACUGGUUCUUCGCUGAUGACAGAUGACAGCAAAACCCAUCAACUUAUAGCUGCAAGACCAAAAUUUGCUUGGCAGGUUACUCGUAAGCAUGCAACAUUAAAAGCAGAGGAUAUAAUGCUUGUGCAAAAUGAAAGUAAGAUCUCAGAUGGGGACCAAGAUCCCAAUUCUGGUAUUGCGGGGAAGACAAACCUGCACGUUUUGGGCAACUUUAAACAUCGUCAUGUGUUUCAGCAGCAGCUCAUUGAGGAUCAAAAGAAGCAACUUCAGGAAAAGCAGAAAAUAAUUGAAGAGCUUCAGGAGAAGCAACAAUUAACAAUCCUGCAACAAGAUGCCAAACUGGCUUCUGCAAUAACGACAGCAAUUGUUAGUGCAACACAAAAGAUGCGACUUGAGCCUAAUCCUCAUGGUACAAAACCAACUGGAAAUGUGCAACUUGAAAUGAAAGAUGCUGCUGCACAUACGUUCAGGUCAAUUGUUCCAUCAUCAGCUGAGGAAACCAGUUGUUGCACAACUGGUACCAAUAACAUGAUUUCACCUCACCCAAUCGUCAAAGCAAUGGAGGAACGAGCAAAGCAGCGCAUGGCAAGAAGAAAAGAAUUGGAAGAGAUCAAAAGAAAAAAGGAAAAAGAUAAACUUGCGCACCUAAGAGCAAAGGAGGAAGAGCGUCAAAUGCAGCAGGAAGCUGAGAAACAGGCAUUGUUAGAAAAGAAGCGCGAGGAGAAAAGAUUACAGAGACAGAAAGAAACUGAGAAGCAACUAAGAUUGGAAAAACAAGGUCAAAUGCUGUCUGCUGCAGAAAAACACUAUCAGGAUUUUCUUUUGAAUAAACGAGGCCUUCAGCCCUGGCGAAAGGUUAUAGAAAUCUCCAAACAAAACAUGAAGUUUGCAGAAGCUCACCAUGCUACUUCACUAGUAAGAGAAUACCUGUGUACCUGGCACCAGAAUGUGAGCGAGUCAUUGUCUGAAAAGAAGCUCAAAGCUGAAAAAGUGUACAAUGGGAUUCUUCUUAAAAGAUGCUUGAACAGUUGGUUAAAGUGCAAGGAAUAUACCAACGUUAUGGAAAAGAGAGCAAUUCAGCACUAUCUGACAGGACUGAGAAGAUCGAUAUUUACUGUCUGGUGUGAUUAUGUAACAAUGGAAAAGACUGCAACAUGGGAAAAGGAAAGAAUUGCAGCAGAGCACAAUCAAAGGAGGUUAGUCAAUGCAGCUUUCAUGGCUUGGAAGACUCUGCCAAUAUUUGCCAGGGAGGAGAAGAUAAAGGAAGAACGUAUUAAAGAGCUCAGAAAGAAAGUCGCUGAAAUACUUCCCGAUUUUCUAAAAUAAGUUACUCUUUGUUGGUAUUUUGUUAUUGGAAAUGCACUGGAACCCCCCCCCCCCCCCCCCCUCAUCUCACCCUUAGUUGAUAUAAAGCAAUUGAAUUAAUGCCCAAAGAAUUUCCCUUCUGCAAGAAAGAUGUAGCCAGUUAAGCCCUUUUUCUGCACAAUGUUAAGAGCGCUUUUUGUAAAUAAAUUGAUUUGAUUUGUAACACACAA